ACUUCUUCCACUACUUCUCCCAUCGUUGAUAUUCUUCUUCUCCACUGCUCACCCACCAGACAUAAUGUUCUCUCUCGCCUCCCUCAUCAGCCUCGCCGCCCUCCUCGAUCUCCUCUACGGCCUCUACACCACCUUCAAACAUGCUCGCAAUUUCGUCCGCUGGCGCUGUGGCUCUCUCCCGGCCUAUCCUAGCGACUUCCUGGGCUGGAACACUCUCAAAGAACUCCAAGCAGCAGACAAAGCACGCAGGCUGCCCGUUCUGUUCGUUGACCGCUUCUCUCUCAUGGAGACUCGCGAGAACCGUCGCGUCAAUACCUACCUCACCCGCCAGGCCCUACGCGAUGUCAUCAUCACCUGCGACCCAAAGAACGUACAGGCAAUGCUAGCCACCCAAUUUCAGGAUUUCGAGCUGGGAAGCGCGCGCCGCAUCUCCCUCCACCCUCUCCUCGGGAAUGGAAUCUUCACCACUGACGGCGAACACUGGUCUCGCUCGCGCGCUCUCCUCCGCCCCCAAUUCACCCGCGAUCAAAUCAGCGAUCUGAACCUAGAAGAGCGCCAUGUGCAACACGCCUUCCGCGCCAUGCCCGUCGACCCCACCACUGGCUGGACAUCCGCCGUCGACAUCCAAACCCUCUUCUUCCGACUGACCAUGGACUCAGCCACCGAGUUCCUCUUCGGCGAGAGUGUCAACAGCCAAUCCGCCGCGCUGGACACCAACCAGCCAGACUCCUUCUCCGCCAACUUCGACCGCGGCCAGCAAUUCGCGGGCCAGCGCGCGCGCCUCGACAAGCUCCACUGGCUCGCCAACACAAAGGAAAGCCGACACGUCACUGCAGAAGUCCACGCCUACGUCGACCAGUUCGUCCGCGCCGCACUGGACCAGCAACAGUCCCGCAAACCAGACAUCUCCAGUCCAGCGCCCACCAAACAGCACGGCGUAUUCCUCCAGCAACUAGCAGCCGCAACCCAAGACCCCAUCGAGCUCCGCUCCCAACUCCUCAACGUUCUCCUCGCAGGCCGAGACACAACCGCCUCGCUCCUCAGCUGGAGCCUCCUCCUCCUAGCCCGCCACAGCGACGUCUUCACCAAACUCCGCACCGCCAUCCUCGCGGCCUUUGGCCCGGACGGCCCAAAAACCACCCCGAUAAGCUUCAUUGCCCCCAUAACCUUCACCUCCCUCAAAGACUGCCGCUACCUGCAAGCCUUCCUCAACGAAGUCCUCCGCCUUUACCCAAUCGUCCCUAACAACCGCCGCACAGCCGUCCGCGACACCACUCUCCCGCGCGGCGGCGGGCCAGACGGCUCCCGCCCUGUCUACAUCCGCGCCGGCCAGCAAGUCCUGUACAGCGUGUUUGCGAUGCACCGUCGUGUGGACCUGUGGGGUGAGGAUGCGAACGAAUUCCGCCCUGAGCGUUGGAUGGAACACUCCCCCGGUCACCGGGUAGGUUGGGAGUAUCUGCCGUUCAAUGGGGGCCCGCGCAUCUGCAUCGGGCAGCAGUUUGCGCUCACGGAGGCGGGGUACGUGCUUGUGAGGCUGUUGCAGCGGUUUGGGGCGGUUGAGGAUGUGUUUUCGGAGAGGGAAAUUAGCUAUGCGUUGAAUUUGACGAUCGCGCCGGGGGAGAAUGUUACUGUGCGGAUGAAGGCUGCUUAGGUUUACUGUUGAUUGCGUUCUUACUGUUGACCAGACUCAUACAACAAACUUAACUUGUCUUCAAAGGACGGCAAGUAGAUGUACGUAGCAGACUUACGUAGUGUACUGAU